GGAAAGAAAAAAAAAUCAUAGCCUGAGGUUGCUAAGAUCUACAGUAAGAACACAAUCUUCUGUGAAAUUGUGAAGAAGGAAAAAGAAAUUCAUGCUAGUUUUGUUGUCUCACCUCAAACUGCAAACACAUCUACUCACGUGGGCAUUUUAUCAUCUCGUCACCAUAAGAAGGAGUGACUUCUUCUGACUUGAGCCUGCAGUGUGUUUUGAGAGAUCGGCUACCAGAUCAUCUCAACUUUGCUCUCUUGGAACCACCCACUUGUGACAAUCAUAAAUUACAGAACCAUAGAACUGCUGGUGGAAAAUUUGUCCUGAUACGGUGGAAGGCUCCGAGACCCGAGGCACUGCGUGACUGCAUAUCUGAAUUCUUGCUGCCAGGAUGGGGAAACAGAACAGCAAGCUGCGCCCAGAGGUCAUGCAGGACUUGCUGGAAAGCACAGACUUUACAGAGCACGAGAUCCAGGAAUGGUAUAAAGGCUUCUUGAGAGACUGCCCCAGUGGACAUUUGUCAAUGGAAGAGUUUAAGAAAAUUUACGGGAACUUUUUCCCUUAUGGGGAUGCUUCCAAAUUUGCAGAGCAUGUCUUCCGUACCUUCGAUGCCAAUGGAGAUGGGACAAUAGACUUUAGAGAAUUCAUCAUAGCCCUGAGUGUCACAUCGAGGGGCAAGCUGGAGCAGAAGCUGAAAUGGGCCUUCAGCAUGUACGACCUGGAUGGAAAUGGCUACAUCAGCAAGGCAGAAAUGCUAGAGAUUGUGCAGGCCAUCUAUAAAAUGGUUUCAUCUGUAAUGAAAAUGCCUGAAGAUGAGUCAACUCCAGAGAAAAGGACAGAAAAGAUCUUCCGCCAGAUGGACACCAACAGAGAUGGAAAACUGUCCCUGGAAGAGUUCAUCCGAGGGGCCAAGAGCGACCCAUCCAUAGUGCGCCUCCUGCAGUGUGACCCCAGCAGCGCUGGCCAGUUCUGAGCCUGCACCCCAGGAAUCGUAGAGCUGCUUGUGUUCCCUUGUGAUUUUUCUUUUUAACAAUUUUUUUUUUUUUUUUUUUUUUGCCAAACAAUAUUGACGGUGAUGCUGUUCCCUGUGCGGUCAGAUGCACCUUCCUCCGUGAUGCCCGCCUUCAGCUUCUUUUGUCCUGGAUGCUUCAUGGGGCUGCCCAGAGCCCCAGCGCACUUGUGGAGAGCAUGGACAGUGCUGUCGUGCACAGGCUUUGUGGUGUUCAUUGCUCUGAUGAUUUUUAAUCGUUAUUAUUAUUAUUUUGUCUUGAUUCUAAUGUCUCUAUUCCAAAACUGAAGACUCGGGGAGGCAAGAGAGGGGAAAUCAGUCCAGUGCAAUGAUGCUAUCGCAAGCUGCAAGGGGCUUGUUUGAAAAACAAAACUCCCCCUGGAUCUGCUGUCACACAUGCCCUAGGGAUGAUGUCACCAGAUUCAGGAUCCCCAAGGACAAAGAACCCUCUGGGGCCAGGCUAUUAAAGGGACCUGGGGAAUUUCCCCUGCAGGUCCGCCCCACCCCCGCCCCCAGCAGGCUGUAGUUUCUAAGCUGUGAACAUUUUAAGGUAAAUUAAUAGGGGAGAGGGAAAAGAUGGCUCAGCUAUUUUUUCACAGGUUUACAUUAGUUGAGCUAAGAUGAAUUUCUUUGGAAAUUGAAACACAAAUGGUAACUUAUAUUUCGAGACCAGACCCAUCUUGUUGCCUCUUGUGAUUUAAAAAAAAAAAAAAAUGCUGUAUAUAAAAUA